GUUGAAAUCAAUUCCUUUUAUCAGCUACCGCAACAAUGUUGAAUCGCUCAUUGUUUUUACUCUCAUUAUUUGCAACUGGAUGUUUAACAGUUACACCGCGACGUGAUGAAAAAUGGCCGCCAAAAGAAAUUAUUGAGGCUUUUAAACCCAUCGGUGAAGUAUGUAGAGCCAAGACCGGUGUAACGGACGAAGCCAUAAAAGAAUUUAGUGACGGCGAAAUUCAUGACGACCCCGCUUUGAAGUGUUAUAUGCAAUGUAUAUUUGUUGAAGCCAAAGCUGUGGACCAACAUGGCGAAGUUCAUUUAGAAUUAUUACAAGUUCAUAUCGAUGAUUUGGAUGAAGAAAUUCAAAAUAUUGCAAUCCAUAUGGGCAAGAAAUGUCUGUAUCCACAGGGUGAAACAUUAUGUGAUCGAGCUUUUUGGUUUCAUAAGUGCUGGAAAAGUACUGACCCAAAACAUUACUUCCUUCUCUAAUUGCUACUAUGCUUAACAUUUGGUGGAUGGAUCAAAUUUGAAAAUAUUGCAAAUUGUUUGAAUGGGUACAUAUUUAAUAUUUUAAAAUAAAAUUUUUGUUCAUAUUUUGGAAUAAACAUUUCUGUUUGACUUUUCA